UCGCGCCAUUUCCCACCAAGUCGCAGCCAAUGAGAGCUCACUUGUUCUGUAGUAAACGGCUGUCUGCUAGAGUUGUGUUCAGAUUAAAAUUCCCUCUUAUGUCUCGGGACCUUCGGACAUAAUUCGUUUCGUCGAAUUUAAAGAUGUUUGCUGUGAAGCAAGCAGUAAGGUCUCUUGGUCGCCAUUGGAAUUCAAAUGUGGUGCCAAGGAUUCCUACGAGCGCAUCUAUUGCGAUCUGUAAUGGGCCUUUGAAACCUCAAGCGUUCACUGCUUUGCGCUCAUGCCUUCAACAAACGAGAGGCUUCGUUACUACUCCUGAACAGGCAAAACAGAAAUUGGCUGUCCAAGGAACUGAAACAACUCCAGUGGAAGCUGCCGAGCCAGACACACUGUACCACAUGAUAGAGAUUGAAAUAAGAUGUGGUGAUCGUGCUGUAAUUAGAAGCUACAACACAUUUAUUGUUUUAGCUGCCAAGCAUUUAAAGCUCAACAUUGAGCAUAGUGAACCAGCUAACAAAUAUCGUGUGAAGAGAUGGAUUGUAUUGAAGUCACGACAUGUGCAUAGAAAGCACAUGGUUACUUAUGAGGUGCGCACCUAUCAUCACACACUUCGAGUUGUCAGACUUACUGGGUCUACUGCUGAUACUUUCCUGGAAUAUAUCCAACGUAAUUUGCCAGAGGGUGUUUCCAUGAGAGUUGGGCGGGUACGAAUGGAGAAACUCCCUGAACAUUUGCUGACCCCUCCAGCAUUUGACAAUUAGUAACUGAGGUAUAAAAAGGAGAUAAUUUGUGUAUACUUGUCUAUUAUUCUUUAUUAAAAAAACAAAACAAAAGAAAUUACAGAAUU